AUGUCUCCAGCAUUAGUACUUGCUCUAGCUACGAUCCCAGCAGUCCUAGGCCUCCAGCUGCCUGGCGGUGUUGGAAAACUGCCAGCACUAGGAUGGAACUCAUGGAAUGCCUAUGGCUGUGACAUUGACGAGACUCGAAUCCUUCAAGCAGCAAACGCCAUGAAAGACAAAGGCUUCCAAGCCGCUGGCUACGAAUAUGUCAACUCGGACGACUGCUGGUCUCAGAUGUCAGGCAGAGAUGCCGUGACGCACCAGUUAUUGCCCAACUUCACCAAGUUUCCAGAGGGUAUCCAAGGAACGGCAAAUAAGGUGCAUGACCUAGGCUUCAAGUUCGGCAUCUAUUCGAGCGCAGGCACUAUGACAUGUGGUCGUUACCCAGGCUCGAUCGGCUACGAAGCCAUUGAUGCAGAGACAUUCGCUUCGUGGGGUGUCGACUACCUCAAGUACGACAACUGCUUCCCGCCAGAAGAGUGGUACGAUGACUGCCUGUCAUGUGAGCCAGACCCAAGCUUCUCUCCUACUGGCAUCGUCAACGGCACUUGUUCGAACAGCACCCCACCUGUGCACCACUACUCUUUCGAUCGCCCAAUCCCGAUAUGUGCAGAUGGAUGGCCAGUAGAUGGUAUCAAUUACACCACCAAGUUCACCGCAUUGAAGUUCCGCAUCAUGGGCAAUGCCUUGCUGGCACAGAACAGGACUAUCUUGUACAGUCUGUGCGAGUGGGGCGUAGAUCUGCCAUGGACGUGGGCCAACGGAACGGGCCAGUCCUGGCGAAUGUCCAACGACAUCAAUCCUUCAUGGACUCGCAUCCUCCAAAUCCUCAAUCAAAACUCAUUCCUCUCCGAUUACGCCGAUUUCUACGGCCACAACGAUGCAGACAUGCUCGAAGUCGGCAACGGCAACCUCACAAACGCAGAAGUGCGUACUCACUUCUCCCUCUGGGCGAUGAUGAAGUCGCCUCUCCUCAUCGGUACAGACGUAACAAAACUCAGCGACCACAACAUUGGCGUUUUGCAGAAUAAAGCUCUGCUAGCAUUCAACCAAGACCCAGUAUAUGGCAAGCCAGCUGCGCCGUAUAAGUGGGGCAUUAACCCUGACUGGACGUAUAAUACUACGUUCCCUGCUCAGUAUUGGUCCGGGGCUUCGAGCAAUGGCACGAUGGUGGCGCUGUUCAAUCCUCUGAAUCAGACGGUCAAGAUGACUGCUGAUUACAAGGAGAUUCCGGAGCUUGACGCCAAGGGCUGCUACCGUGUAAUGGACAUCUGGGACAACACAGACCUUGGUCGCAAGAAGAAGAAGGUUACUGUGAACGUUGGUCCUCACGAUACAGCUGUGCUGUUGUUCAAGAAUUCGUGUUGA